AUGAGACCGUCCGUCGUUUCUAUGGGCAAGCACUUUGGUAACCUCGGCAAGAUGUACGGAGAGCACCGCUUUGCUCUGGCCCCGAACGAGCAGAAGGCGUACAAGGGAUUCCUGGACCAGGCGUUUGUGAAGGUUUUCAAGACCUACGUCUGGGACCAAUGGUACUACUACAUCCCGCAAACCAUCGGAGCCUACCUGCUCUACGAUUGGGCCAUCAAGACCAACCACGCCGCCAGCCGCAAGAACCCCGCCGACUACGCCAACGAUCAAUAA